GCGCUGGGGGCGGGGCGGGGCAGGUGCCGCCUCUGGCCUCCCGGUCCCGGAGCGGCACCCGGACAUCGCGCGCAGGCCGCCGGCACCAUGAAGAUCUGGACCUCGGAACACGUCUUCGACCACCCAUGGGAAACCGUUACGACGGCUGCAAUGCAGAAAUACCCGAAUCCGAUGAACCCAAGCGUGGUGGGCGUGGACGUGCUGGACAGACACGUGGACCCCGCGGGGAAGCUGCACAGCCACAGACUCCUCAGCACCGAGUGGGGUCUGCCUUCCAUUGUGAAAUCUCUCAUUGGAGCGGCGAGAACCAAAACGUACGUGCAGGAGCACUCGGUGGUCGAUCCUGUGGAAAGAGUGAUGGAACUCAACUCCACCAACAUUUCAUUUACAAAUAUGGUUUCAGUUGAUGAAAGACUUAUAUACAAACCACAUCCUCAGGACCCAGCCAAAACUGUUCUUACCCAAGAAGCCAUUAUCACGGUGAAGGGCGUCAGCCUUAGCAGUUACCUGGAAGGGCUCAUGGCCAGCACCAUAUCUUCCAAUGCCAGCAAGGGCCGAGAAGCCAUGGAGUGGGUAAUCCAUAAGUUAAAUGCUGAGCUUGAAGAACUGGCAGCGUCGGCGAGAGGGAGCUUACGGGCCCCGAUGGCAGCGGCCGCCUUUGCAGAGAAAUGACGCCCAGGCCGCGUGCUCCUGCAGGCCCCAGCUCUCCAGGCCGAUGUAUUUAUUUGUUAUUUAAAAAGUACAACUAUAUUUUAGGUAGAAUUUUUUAAUGAGCUGGAGUCAGACUAUGUGACUUUUGAUCAAAUAAGCAGAUGCAGGGCUUCUAAGCCAAAGGAUCACAUGAGACAGCUUGGUGGUUCUGAGCAGCUGGGAGCUCCCGCGUGGGCCCUGCCUGGCUUCGGACCAAGCCCGAGGGAGCAGAACGCCUCUCGCACACACGCGGGGCGGGGUGCUGUCCGGGGGAGGCGUGCAGGUCGGAGGACGUUGGCUGUAUAACCAGUGUUUGAUUGGGUACUUUAAUGGUAUUUUUGGAGUGACAUUGAGCACUACAAGGAUAUAUGACUCCAAUAAGACAAUUUUGUUACCUUAAAGAGUACUGUGUUGAUUUGCCAAAGUUUUGUAACUUAGUAAAGGUGCACCCUUCCUCAGA